AUGCCUACUUUCACAAUCUCCCUCCUCCUGUCCCUCCUCGUCACCGCUCUCGUCCCACCGGUCACCUCCCUCCCGCAAAACCUCAUCCUCCAACAAACGGGCCCCAUCAAACACCUCUCUCACAUAGCCCUCCCUCUUUCCUCCCAAUCCGACCACUCCGAUGAUCUUCGACCACGCCCGCAACCGCAUCCAACUGGAUGUAGCGAGGCCCCGACGACGCCUGGUGAUAGGAGGGAGGAUAAAACGGUGUUGACGAUUGGGAAUUUUAAUGCUGAGUGGUUGUUUCUGGACGGUGGGACGGGCGGGUUGAGGUGUCCGGGACGGUCGUGUCCUUGGAAGAACAAGGCGAUGGCAUUGGACCACAUGAACCAUGUAGCCCAAACAAUCGCAAGUCUCGGAUUACCCGACAUUAUACACCUCUCUGAAGUAGAAGGUUGCAACGCGCUGGACGAGUUGAUCAAAGUAUUGGAGAACGAUCACGGUGCUGGACAAGGGACGUACAGGGGAUACCUGGUUCCCGGGCGUGAUACCGCCUUAGGCCAACAAGUAGCCCUCAUAACAAAAAUCGACCCCACCGAUCACCUCACCCGCACCGACGACCGCAUCAUCUACCCCGUCCCGGGCUCCACUUGCGGGUUCACCAAACCGGGCACCCCCUCCCGCCUCCAGGGCAACAGCAAGAACUACAUUGCGCGGUUCGUCGUUAAUGGCGUGGGGAUCACGCUGGGGGGUACGCAUUUGAUUGCGUAUCCGGAUAAGCGGGAUCGGUGUGAGAAGCGCGAAGCCCAAGCCCAAGUCCUCUCCCAAGCCAUCCAGGCGCAACUCUCCUCGUUCCCCUCCGACGAAGUCAUCAUCAUGGGCGAUUUCAACGACUACGAUGACCAGAUCAUCGACGCGGCCGGUGUCAUCGACACUCCCAUCUCUCAAGCACUAAACCAUCUCCGCACAACAACCUCCCCACCCCUCUUUAACCUCGCCCACACCUGGCACAACCAAUCCGAGCGGUACACGAACUGGUACGACCGUAAUGGGGAUUGUGUGGAUGGAGGGGGAGAUGAGCAUGUGUUGAUUGAUCACGUGCUUGUCAGUGCGGGGUUGAGAGGGAGACUGAUGGAGUCGAGGCCGGUACAUAAGUAUAAGAAUUUCUGUGGGACUGUGGAUUCCGAUCAUUGGCCGAUUUACGCGAAAUUUGACUUCGCGCCAGGCUCUUAA